GCGCUUCCUGAGACGUCUCGUCUUGAUCACCUCCUUCACCGGCAGAGCGGCAGUGAAAAAGGUGGUUUAACUUUUGCUCCCGUCGCUGGGCGAGACUAGAGUAGACGGGUGUCGACGUCUAACGGUGACUCGUUCGACUCCACCACACCGAUCAUAAUCAGCUCGGGAGGCUGAGCUGGCUACAACCAUGGAGAGCUACACCCUUUCCUUUGCCCUGCCCCGGUCCGCCGGAGGCCAUGCCUUCGUCGCAGAGGAUACAGCACCCGCAAGCACCCCAACGGGCGGUAACAUUGAUCGCUUUGGCCCCAAUAGUGCAAGCACUUCUCCCAUUCAAGGCUUCAAGCAGCCGCACGAUGAGGCCUCCACUGCUCCCACCCCUCAGCCUACCACGGGCCGGCUGGGCAGCAUGCGCUCUCGCUUUCCCCCUAGCGUCAAAGCUUUCAUGCCCAGCGCCUUUGUCGGCAAGCGAACCAGCGACAGGAUCGCCGAGGUCACCGGGACUGGUGAAAAGGAAGACGAUGUCAUCGAUGAAAGCGACAAAGCGGCACACCAGCCUGGCGCCAUUGGCUCUGACACCAACCUUGGCCGAGCCUCUUCCGAGCGAAGGAAGAUGAAACUCAACAGCAGUGCCAGUCUGCCUCUGUCUGUUCCGGAGGAGACCUCAAGCAAGGUCGGAGCACCUGGAGAAGAGGUUGCCGCUAGCAUGCGCGAUAGCAGGUCUACUGCUGGGACCCGCUCUUCCUUCGACUUCUGUUCCUCGAUGACUGCCUCCUCCCCCGACAGUAGCGCAGCUCCUUGCGCUACUACGGACGUUGCUGCAAAGCGAGAAGGCAGUAUCAUGACGGACAGACAAUCUUCGAGUGGUGUUCCUGCCAGCACUGGUCACUCGAACUCCAAUUCAAUCACAUCUCUCGGUGCUCAACAGCCAUUAACUGCAUCAGAGCUGGCCCAGGCCACGCAAGAGCUGAGCCAAAAUGUGAUGAACGCGACCUCGACCCACGUUCUUUGCACGCCCGUCCAGGACGACGCUACGUCGAUGAGCUCGGGGCCGGGACAUACAGCUACGUCUUCGUCGUCGUCGGUCAGCACCUGGCCGUCUAGUGCCGCUUCUCCAUACUCUCCCUACUCCCCCUUCGGAGGGCAGACACAACGACAGCUUCCGCAGCUGCCGUAUCCGGGCAAUGGAUCUGAUCUGCAAGGUAAAGGCAACUACCCUUAUCAGCACUAUGCGCAGCCUUUCGCUCAAGACAUGAACAACGGCUUCAACGGGAUCAAUUUUCCUGCGAUGUCCUCAAACGGCAACUUUGGAAGCACCACGUCGCUAGGCUCCACUCUGGGUCAGCAGCAACAAUCGGGAGCUUCCCUGCUCGGUCCUUCCCUGUCGUCAGACUCCAAGUCGGGCCAAGGGAGUAACAGCAAGAUCCCCCGAUACAACUUUCACCUGAGCGGCACUUUUCAUUCAGUCAUGGAGGCCAGGGCAAUGAUCAUGCGAGAACACCCUUUCAGAGCCCAAGUCUCCGUCAAGGUCGGCAAAGCUGAUGUGAUUGACAAUAUGACUUCAUCGACCAUCGGACCAAACACUUUGAAGUCGCACGUUCGUGCAAGGCUCGAUGAAAUCGCUGCUUUCACUGAUACGCGCGUCGCCGUCGUCGGCAAGGAUUCCCGCGGCGUCGACCUGGGAUACGGUCUUGAGUCUGAACGCAAUGUAGAUCUCGUCAUCUCUGGCCAGCUUCAGGGCGUGGAGUCCGCUCGUGUUAAGACAUUGGUUCUUCUUGAUGAGCUGAUUGGGCUUACCUCAACCACUUGUGAAAUUGAUCAGAAGUUCCACAACAUCAUUGGCGGAAGGAAACGUCAUGUCAUCCAAGCGAUUCAGGAGCAGACUUGCACGAGUAUCUAUUUGCCUCUUCCUCUGGGCAGCAACGUCGGUGGUGCUGGACUCGGCGCCAACACUUCCUUGGAGAGUGUCAUCCAUAUUACUGGUGACUUCUUCGGUGUACAGCGAGCUCGAGAUAUGCUCUAUGGAAUCUUCGUCCAGAAGAGCAAGUGCACCAUAUCUCGAGACACCCGUAUCUUGCCUCGCAAGAUCGACUGGCUCCUGGCAGAUCACCUCGAGGAUGUUCGUCAGAUCAUGAUAGACAAUGGUACUUUUAUCGGGCUGCCCCCUCUCGGAAGUCAAGUCAGCGUAGUCUCCGUUUACGGAGACAAUAGAGUCAGCAUCGAGAGGUCCAUCCGAACACUGAUGGCUCUUACUUGUCAAUUCUACAUCGGUUCCGUAUGGCUGCUACCACCAGUCGGAAGUUACCAUGGAGGCGCGCAGCCUCCCCCUACUGUCAAUGCCGCUCAUCUCACGCCCUUCCUCAAGACCAUCGUCAACAAGUCUGGUGCCGAGGUGGUGUUCAAGAACAAUUGCUUUGAGAUCUAUGGUGUCGAGGUAGAGGUCAAGCAUGCCGUCAGUAUGGUCCUUGAUCUCGACUUUGUGAAGCAAUUCACUGUCGAAGUGCGCUUCCAGAUCGAGCUAGCCGCUACCGAGCGGGACUUCCUCCAGGGCCGAAAGUGCGGCAAGAUCAACAAGAUCAUGAAGACCUGCGGCGUCAGAAUCAAAUUCGAGACGUUCAAUGACUUCAACUUCCUCAUCGAGCUCUCCGGUGCAGAUCGCGCAAGUGUUCUGCAAGGUUUGGCGUUGCUUCAAGAGGAGCUCCCCGCCGAGGUCUCUUUCCAUGUCCCCGAGGCAUAUCACAAGCGAUGUAUUGGUGUGGGCGGGAAGCAGAUCCAGAAGGUGAUGAAGAAGUACGGCGUCUACGUCAAGUUCUCCAACGCCGAAGAAUUCAAUGCCUUGGGAGGCUACAUCGACAACGAAGACAACGUCAUUGCUCGAACACCCGCCAAGAACGCUAUCAAUCUCGAAAAUCUCAAGCAAUCCGUCAUGGAGAUGGUCAAUCCCAAGGACAAGGACUACAUCACCGAGACUGUGACGAUUCCUCGUCGCCAUCACCGGACCCUGCUUGGUGAAAAGGCUAUCUUCAUUCAUGACAUUGAGAACAAGUUUUCCUGCGCGAUCCACUUCCCGCCUCGAGAGACUUGCUCGGACCUUGUAUCGAUCUUCGGUCCUGAGAUUCAGCUCCAACAAGCUAGCUCCAUGCUCAUGGAGCAUGUCCCUGUGGAAGCCGAGUUAAGGACCCCCAACGCCACGGCGCUGCCCCAAGUGCUGUCAUCUCAAGACUUCAUCGCCUUCGUUGAGCGCAUCAAGCGAGACCUGAACAUCAACAUCGCAUACCUGGAGUUCACUCCUAGCUGCCCAGAGGUUGUCUUCAAGAUGCACUUGAGUCCAAAUAACCUUGACAAUCUGGCUGCAGCUAAGGAUCUCCUGGAGGACUUCUUGAUCUCCCACAAUAUCAAUGUCUACCCACCGCCGGCUGAACGAUCUCGCUCCGACUCUUUCGCUGCCGCAUUUCCUCACUUUGCCAACAAGCUGAUCUCUACACCUGGAGCAGAGUCGGGCGCAGGAGGUCAGGCCUCAUCGGCUGUCCUUGACAGUGGCGUCUCCCAAUACCAGGCCGAGCUGGCUGCUCGCUUCAAUGACAGCGCACGGCUGCGUGGUGCCGCCUCUUCACCCUCGCUGAAGGCUCUGUUCGAUUCGCCAGCUGGCUUCGGCGGCAAUCCCUCCCGCGUCCUCGGUCAUCACCAAAGUCAAAGUUUCGCCAUCGGAGGCAGUGGCUCGGGUGCUUUUGGCAAUGGCGGCAUCAACGGAAGCAUGGGCGGACCGCUCGAUGCACCAGGGCUUGCACUCGGCACUGGCUUGGGCAAUGGUUCUGGAACUGGCCUUGGCAAUGGAGCCGGCAUUGUCCCCCGCAAUGGGCCUCUCGGCGGGCCUGUCAAUGCGACCAACCCGAGCCACUCGCCCGUUAUCGGCUCAUCUUUGUACUCGUCACCCUACGGCGAUUCAAUGCCCGGUGGCAUCAGCAGUGACGUAUGGGGCGUCCAGCCCCGCCAGGGGACGCUGUCCAACGCUGCACCUCCCGUCAGCCCCGGCGUCGCCUUCCCUCGACAGCAAUACCCCCACUCUGUGGCUCAAGGACCUCAUACCCAGCACUACGCGCGACAAAGUGACGACUUUGGCUACCUCGCGCACAGCGGCAACGGUCGAGGUCCAGUUGAUGCCUACGACCUCGACGAUGGCUCACGCAAUGCUCGUAAUGGCAGGUCUGCGAUCCACUCUCACGGCAACCGUACGCAGUCUUUGGACAUCAGCAAAAUGAGCUCUCAGCAGGCCGCUGUAGAGGCCAAUGCUUAUGUCCAGCAGCGCUACGGUGCGCCGGCUAACGGCAAUGGCUUCGGUCUCCGCACCCCAGGACACACCGGUGGGCCAGCUUACGGCUUCCCCUCCCCUUUCGGAGGGCCAGUCAAUGGUGCGAAUGGAGCCAGAAGCCCUUACACCCAUCAAAUUCCGAGGGCUGGCCCUGGUCAUGCACCCGGCCACAGUCCCGCGGCUAGCAUCUCUCGUCUGCCACCAUCUGCGUCUGGUAGCUCGCAGGUGCCUGCGCAGACUGUCGAUGAGGUCUCGCGUAUGCUGAGUGGAAUCCAAUUCCCUCACUAGAAGACAAAAGCGGUAUAACCACCAGAGGGGCAGCAGAGUACCCUAGUUGGGCUCGCUCUCUUGGUGAGGAAGCUAGUCCUCUCGCUCCAUCUACCCAGACUACCCGGACUCGCC